AUGGCCGUUAACCAUAGCUCGAACCGCAGUCUCCCACCCGUCCGAGCGUGUUUGUUCGACAUGGACGGCCUCCUGAUCGACUCGGAGGAUAUCUAUACCCUCGUCAUAAACCAGAUCUUGCACGAAUAUGGGAAACCCAGCCUGCCUUGGUCGAUCAAGGCCCAGCUACAGGGUCGUCCGCAGCCACAGUCCGGCCAAGUCUUUCAGCAAUGGGCCCAGUUGCCCAUCCCCCAGGCCGAGUUACAGAAGAAGAUAGCGGCCCUGCAGAAACCCCAGUUCCCCAAGACAAAGCCGCUUCCCGGCGUGGUGGAGUUGAUCAGCACACUGUCCCGCGCGGCAUUGAAUUUUCCCCCUGUACACAUCGCACUGGCAACUUCUUCCACCACGACAAAUUUCAACCUCAAAACAUCCCAUUUAUCCAGCCUGUUCUCUCAGUUCUCCCCGUCAAGGACGAUUGUAGGUGAUGACCCCAGAAUAGCACCAGGAAGGGGGAAACCGUUGCCGGACAUCUACCUGCUGGCCCUAGAUACCAUCAACAAGGAGAUUCAGGCAAAGGGCGAGCCACCGAUCACACCAGCAGAGUGUCUCGUGUUUGAGGACUCCGUGCCUGGCGUGGAGGCUGGCCGCAGAGCUGGUAUGAGAGUCAUCUGGUGCCCGUAUGAUGGACUGCUCGAAGUGUACAAGGACCAGGUGCCGGAAGUGCUGGCUGGUCUGACGGGCGCACAUAAGGACGCCGAUCAUGACGGGCUAGAUACCCCGGCCGUCCUCAACUCAGGCAAGCCUGGUAGCCUGAAUGAUGGAUGGGGGGAGCUAGUUCGUACUUUGGAAUCCUUCCCGUAUGCAAAGUAUGGCAUCAAGGUUGUUUGA